AAGUGGAGUGGGUGUUGUCAAAUCCCAAAUGAUUCUAGAGAGAUGGCGUAUUGCUACACUGCAAACAUCUUCUUUCCUUGUUCUUCUUCUUCUUCUUCUUCAUCUGUUCUUGCUAAUGAUAGACUCCCUCACUUAGCUUACCGGCCGGCGAAGAUUAAACGGCGGCUUUCUUUUUCUUGUGCUGCGCUGCCGUUCGACCUUUCUCCUCCUCCCAUCGACCACGACCUCCUUGAUACUAUGACAGUCGCUGGGGCAAAGGUAUCAGAAGAUGGGGUAAUAGGAACAUUUGAUAAUGAUGAUGAGGCAUUAGAUGCUGUGGAGAAUGGUGUCGCGGUUGUGGAUCUCUCACACUAUGGCAGGAUAAGAGUUAGUGGAGAAGACAGGGUUCAGUUUCUUCACAACCAAAGUACUGCUAAUUUUGAAAUUCUUCAUGAAGGGCAGGGAUGUGACACUGUUUUUGCGACACCAACUGCUAGAACCAUCGAUAUUGCCCAUGCCUGGAUUAUGAAAACGGCAAUCACAUUGGUGGUCUCUCCAGUUACCAGGGAAAGAAUAAUUGAUAUGCUUAAGAAGUACAUAUUCUUUGCAGACAAAGUUGAAAUUCAAGAUAUUACCCAGCAAACGUCCUUGUUCGUACUAAUAGGACCUAAAAGUGACCAAAUAAUGGAAGCUCUGGGUCUUGCUGACAUAGUUGGACAACCAUAUGGAUCACAUAAGCAUUACAGUGUAAAUGGAAUGCCAAUAACCGUGGGAGUGGGAAAUCUCAUCUCUGAAGAAGGUUAUUCACUAUUGAUGUCUCCCGCUGCUGCUGAAUCGGUCUGGAAAGCUCUUCUAGGUCACGGUGCUAUCCCGAUGGGUUCUAAUGCAUGGGAAACUUUAAGGAUACUUCAAGGAAGACCAGCUCCUGGCAAAGAGCUCACAGAUGAGUAUAAUGUUCUGGAGGCUAAUCUGUGGAAUGCUGUUUCUCUGAAUAAAGGGUGCUAUAAGGGCCAAGAAACCAUUUCUAGGCUUGUAACUUACGAUGGCAUCAAACAGAGGCUAUGGGGAAUACGCGUAUCAUCGCCUGUGGAACCCGGUAGCACCAUCUCAGUCGAUGGGAAAAAGGUUGGUAAGGUGACGAGUUUCACUACUGGUAAACGGGCAUCUCAGCCCCUUGGACUUGGCUAUAUUAAGAGGAAAGCUGCUUCCGAAGGAGACAGUGUAAUUAUUGGUGAUGAUGUUGAGGGUACAGUAGUGGAAGUGCCUUUUCUUGCUCGUCAAAUCCCUCCAUCCUAGAGCUGAAUAUAGACAACAUUGCUCUGCUCUCUGUAUCAGCAAAUGUAGCAUAUGUGAUAUCAUAACUUACCUUUGCCUCCAACGAAGGCUUAUAUGCGUUAGCACAUCGACUGUGUAACAUGCUGUUAUCAUAUUUGAGUGCUUGUACCGUCAAUGGCUCUCUCAAAAGCUAGACGAUAGUGCCUCUGAAAGCCCCUUAAAGUUGCUUGAGGGGUCAAAUGAAGCAAUUAGCAUCGUAUGAUACAACAUGAUUCUGCUGAACCCAUUCAAUCCAAGACUCAAAACUUAUCGAGAACUAUCAAAUUGACCUCCUCUUUUGUAAUUAACUAUUGAUAAAUGAUACUUAUAUGAAAAGUUGACCAAGUUAAAUUAUGAUUUCA